ACAUGUGGACUCCUGAUGAGUUUAGGAGCUUCCUGGAGGACUUUUCCCGCUGGAACCCGUCAGUGGAGCCGACAGACAGCAGGACGAAGCUGAUGAAGACGCUCAUGCACUCCUGCAGAAAACAGCCAAUGAGGAACGAGAUCGCCUCCGGGUCAAAGACGGAUCAGGCUGUGAACGCCAUUUGGGCUGCCAUGGUGUACCACACGCCAGCCCUCAGCCACGCCCUGCAGGCCUACGUUAAUCAGGACUGCAAAUCCUGUCUGAGCGAAGACUUCGUGCAGGUGUAUUCGCUGGCCGACAGCAUCCGAACGUGGAUG